AUUACACGUUUCAUUUGCGUACGUAACACUCAGGUGUUUGAAAGUUUCUCGCAGAUCGGGAGAUGGCCAAGAUAAUAUAAAUCUUGCGACUGGAUCUGGUUCACAUUCUUCACAUCGUUUUGGAUAUAGAGUUUUGAUGAGGAGAUGAAGGCAGCUAAAAGGUGGAGUGUAGGAAACCUAGCGUCAUUGCCUGGAGCUCGCCACCGUGCUCCUGCAAGAAGACGACUAUGGAUCAUCAUGGCGCUUUCACUGAUCAUCAUGACGCUUUCACUGAUCACCAUGCUGGCUAUAAUGGCUUACAUGUACCCACAUCACAGCAAACGUGCUUGUUAUAUGAUUUCAUCAAGGGGAUGCAAGGCUUUAGCUGAUUGGCUUCCACCUUCUCUGAGGGAGUAUUCUGACGAUGAGAUUGCUGCACGAGUAGUGAUUAGAGAAAUAAUGAGUAAUGCUCCUGUUAUAAGAAGGGAUUCCAAGAUUGCAUUCAUGUUCUUGACUCCUGGUACAUUGCCUUUUGAGAGACUUUGGGACAUCUUUUUCCAGGGCCAUGAAGGGAAGUUCUCUGUUUAUAUACAUGCAUCAAAGGAAAGGCCAGUUCACCAGAGUCAUUACUUUGCCAACCGCGAAAUUCGCAGUGAUGAGGUGGUGUGGGGAAGAAUAUCAAUGGUUGAUGCAGAGAGAAGGUUGUUAGCUAAUGCUCUUAGAGACCCUGCAAACCAGCAAUUUGUUUUACUCUCUGAGAGUUGUGUACCACUUCGAAGUUUUGAGUACAUGUACAAUUACCUGAUGUACAGCAAUCUCAGCUAUGUUGACUGCUUUGACGAUCCAGGUCAACAUGGAUCCGGCAGACAUAUGGAUCACAUGUUGCCUGAAAUUCCAAAGAAGUAUUUUCGAAAGGGUGCACAGUGGUUCACCAUGAAGAGACAACACGCUAUAGUCAUCAUGGCAGAUAGUCUUUACUACUCUAGGUUUCGAGAUUACUGUGGGCCAGGUAUAGAGAACAACAAGAACUGCAUAGCUGAUGAACACUAUCUGCCAACAUUCUUUCAUAUGCUUGAUCCGGGUGGUAUUUCUAACUGGAGUGUAACACAAGUUGAUUGGUCUGAGAGACAGUGGCACCCCAAAACAUACAUGCCUGAGGAUGUCACACAUGAGUUACUAAACAACCUCACGUCUGCUGACACAGUCGCACAUGUCACAAGUGUUGGAAUGGGUGAAGAAUUAUGGAUGCCUUGUAUGUGGAACGGAAUCAAAAGACCUUGCUUCUUGUUUGGAAGGAAGUUUCAUCCAGACACGCUUGAUAAACUCUUGGAUCUCUUCUCAAACUACACAAGAUCGGUCUCUUGGCAUUUAUGAAUUUAAAAGGAUAUUUCUUCUAUACACAAUUAAGAUUCUUCUAACACUAGCUACAAGUUUAGAAGUUUAUGAAGGUAUUGAGAACUUCUUUUCACUUGAUGCUUUCGUUUAGUUGGAGGGAGACGUUGGUUUCAUUCUUUUAUUUUUAUCCACACUGUUUUACGUUAUAUACUUAUCUCAUAUUUCUCCUUCGGAUGUUGUGAAAAGAAAAAAAAAUUGAUUUCUUUUUUAGAUAGAUUUAUAUUAUUGUUCAGAUUGAUGAUGAAGCAAACUUAGAGCAUCUCCAACCCACCUUUAUUUCUACCUCUAUAAUAGCAUUUAGAGGCAAAAUCACUCCAACCCAUCUCUAUUUUUGCCUCUAAAAUAGAGAUUGCUAUUUUUUCCUCUAUUUAUAGGGGAAGAAAUAGCAUUCCUCUAUAUUUUGCUCUAUAUAUAGAGAUCUCUAUUUUAGAGAAAUACAUUGGAGUAAAACCCAUCUCUAUUAUAGAGUUCCUCUAU